AUGGCCCGGGCGCUGCUGGUCCUGCUCACCGGCGUCACCACCCUGCUGCUGGUGGGGGCCGAGGGUCCCCCCGCAGGCACCCCGCUGGUCGGGGGCGGGGGGGCCCGGCCAGGCUCCCUGGGGUGCCAGCGUCCCCCCGACACCGAGGACGAUGGGCUCCAGCCGAGUGACGAGGACAUCAUGAGCGGGGGGGGGCUGCCCCCCGGCACGGUGCGCUGUGCCCUCUGCAAGCGGGUGGUGAAGGCGCUCAAGGGCAUCGUGGUCGACCCCAAGGACAAGGGGGGGGUGGCCCGUGUCACCCACCGCGUGUGCGGGCGGCUGUGGGUGGGGAGGGGGCUCUGCCAACGCCUCCUGUCCCACGCCCUGGCGCGCAUCGAGGCGGCCAUGAAGCGGCACGAGACCCCUGCCCACCUCUGCGCCCACCUCCGGUGGUGCCCCCCGUGGCCCUGAGGGCCCCCAGGCACCAGCCAGCUCCGAGGGCACCCGAUGUCACCAACGUCCCCCCGCGCCGUGGGCCACCCCGCGGACAGCUCAAUAAAGUCUUUGUCACUGCAGGAGUGGCACCAUGUCUGUCCCCCACCACCGCGGGCACUGGGGUGGGAUGGGGACACGGGGACCCUGAUGAGGACAUGGGGACCCCAAUGGGGACAUCGCCAUGGGGGACACGGGGGCACGGGGACAGGAGGGUGGGGUGACGGUGUGGCAGCCCCCAGGUGUCCCUGUGGCUGGGACACACGUGUCCCCACGAUGCUGGCACCGUCCCAGCGGCCACCUCCCGCCCGGGGCUAUAAGAGGCUGUGGGUUUCGGCCCUGCCAGCGCCGCCAUGGCACCGCCACCGUCACCCGCGCUGACACUGCUCCUCGCCCUGCUCUGUGCCACCCCAGCGUGGGCGCUGACGGCGGCCACAGGGCUGGGGGUGCUGGGGGGCCGCUGCGGGGCACCCCCCUCCGCCUGGUGCCAGAGCUGGGAGACGGCGCUGCGCUGCGGGGCCCUGGGGCACUGCGCCCGCGCAGUGUGGGCACCCCCCGGCACGGACAUAUGCGCCGACUGCCAGCAGAUCAUCACCCUCCUCAUCCACAUGGCCAACGAGUCGGCCACCAAGGUGGCUGUGGAGGGCUUCCUGCGGCGGGAGUGCGCGGCGCUGCCGGUGCCCACCAUGGUGCCACCCUGCCAGAACCUGGUGCACGAGUACUUCAGCCUCCUCCUCACUGACCUCGAGGGACACCUCAAGCCCUCAGCCGUCUGCGCCCGCCUGGAUCUGUGCCCGGGCAAGUCUGGGGGGGGCCCAGCCGUGCUCCCCCUCGGGACACUCAGCGCCCGCCUGCAGGUCGCCGCCAGGGAGGCCCUGCCCAUGCCGCUGCCGCUGUGCUGGCUCUGCCGCACCUUCCUGGCCCGUGCCGAGGCCGCUGUCCCCAAGGAGGGGGUGGCGGCGGCGGCAGCGGGGCUGUGCCGAGUGCUGCCGGCGGUGGUGGCGGGCGCCUGCCAGUGCCUGGCGCAGCGGUACGCCGUGCUGGCGCUGGAGGCGGUGCUGGGACGCCUGGGCCCCCACCUGCUGUGUCACCUGCUCCUCGCCUGCCGCUCUGAGGACGGUUAUGGCCUGUUGUCACCGCCCGGGCGUCCCCUCGACGACACCGCGGCCCCGCCGGCUGCUUGUGCCAGCGGCGAGGAACUGGCACCAGGCCACCCCCUCCCUGUGCUGUCCCCAAACCCGGGACCCUGCAUCCUGGGCCCGUCCUACUGGUGCUCCAGCCCCGAGGCCGCCCGCCGCUGCCAGGUGAGCUGGGGACAAGGGGGGGGACAAAGGGGACAAGGAAGAGGGGGGGACAGACCUGGCGCCCGCCUUGCCCCCAGCUCACCCCGCUCCGUUCUCCCCCAGGCCCUGCAGCACUGCCGCGAGCACGUCUGGGCAUAGGGGGGGGGCACAAGAAACCCCCCACUCAUCCCCCUCGCCCCCAAAUAAAGCUUGGAUACCGCC